AAAUUCCCUCUGUUGUUAAAUUACAGAGGGUUAAAAAAGCGAGGAAAAUAACAAUGGCAGCCACCGUCUAGUCUCGAACGCCCCGUAAGAGGGUCGUAUCCUCGCUGCCACAGGCCAGCUAAGAGGUGAGAUUAAACGAAGCAUGACGAACCAGAACCUUCUCACCCCCCUGUUCUUGCAACUGCACGUUCUUGCCAAAAUACCCCUGGCAGAGCAUGCGAAAUGUCAAGAUCGCAUAGCCCACGCCUACAUCGAUGAACUCUUCCCCGAAGAGGCCACUCUACCUCUGUGGAAACCGGGUAGAAACAGAAGAGGAUGGACACUACUCGAACACAAUAACUACGGGAAACGGAUUCUACUGUUCAAAGUAUGAGUCUUCCCUUCUGCUAUACGAUCUUGGCGGUGUUCCUACCAACCCUACCUACCGUAUGUAGUAGACGAACGCAUACGUGCUAUUUAGUUACCUUAUACAUAUGUCGCGUGGCUGCCUCGCUUCGACGGACAGUAAAAACUAGUCACAUUCACCGAGAGAUGCUGAGAGACAGUGAUUGGUCAUUACCUUAGGCAUCUAGCCCGCAUAUGCUGUGAAAACAAUACGGAGUAAUGUAUCCAAUGCCAUG